AUGGACGUGGUUAAGAGAGGAAGCCAAGAGAAGAAAAGGAAGAAGAGGAAGAAGAAGAAUGAAGAGGCCAACUUGAAGCAAGGAGAAUGGUAUAUGGGGAUAUAA